GAGGGGGAAGCGGAGCCAUGGCUGCAGCAGGUACCCGGGAGGGAGGCGGGGAUCGGGGCCCGUAGGCAGGAAGCAGGCAGGGAGGGAGGGAGGCGCGCUCCCGGCCCGGCUCGGAUCCAGACCCUCUUUCUCCCCGCAACCAGCCCAGCUCAAAGGAUAGGCUCUCGGCCCGAGAACCUGCUUUUGCAGCCGUGCGCCCGGGGCGCGCGGAUCCCAGGCGGACUCCUGCCGGGAUGGAGAGCGCUGGUCCUCUGAGCGCGCACAGACGGCUGCAAAGCCCAAGCUUAAAGGAUGGAGAAUGGUGCUGAUGUUGGGGCUGCGCACCCGCAGCUCCUGCUCAUUUAUCUCCCUGCCCCGAUGGGUUGUAGGCAGGUGUUAGCCCUGCUCCGAGUAGACCCAUUGGAAACAAUGGGCGUGAUUAACAGCGGUUCUGUUGCAGAGUCAAGAUUUAUAUGCAUCAUCUGUCGGUCUCUCUCUGUCCAUCCAUCCAUUCUUCCAUCCCUCCGUACGAUUAUAUUAAUUUUUGAAUUCUGAAUUUAUUGUCAUUCACGUUUUAUACUGUAUUUUAUGCUGUUUUUUGUUGCAUCAAUUAAGUGUUUUAAAGUUGUUGUUAGCUGCCCUGAGACCAGUUUUCUGAACUGGGAAGGGCGGGGUAUAAAUAAAAAUUUAUGAUUUUAUUUAUUAUUAAUUUCGCAAAAAUUUUAUGCCGCAUAAUUGUAAAAAAAAACCUAUAACCAUCCAUCCUUCCUAAUAUAUUUUCACAAAAUUUAGACACCACAAUUGUAAGACAAAAAACCCCCCCAAACCUCAAGGCGGUUUGCAGAAAGAUAAAACAACAACAGAGACAAGUAAACAACAACAACUAUUCAAUAAUAUAUCCAGUGAAAGGCAGGGCACACCUAUCCUAAACAUCUAUUCGUUUAUUCAUGCCGGGGUUUUUUAUAUUAAUAGUUUAUUGAGAAAGUUUAAUUUAUAGGAGGAGAGUGAGAAAAAAAGAUAGAAAAUAAACCAAUACAGUGGUACCUCGGGUUAAGUACUUAAUUUGUUCCGGAGGUCCGUUCUUAACCUGAAACUGUUCUUAACCUGAAGCACCACUUUAGCUAAUGGGGCCUCCCGCUGCUGCCGUGCCGCCGGAGCACAAUUUCUGUUCUCAUCCUGAAGCAAAGUUCUUAACCCGAGGUACUAUUUCUGGGUUAGCGGAGUCUGUAACCUGAAGCGUAUGUAACCUGAAGCGUAUGUAACCCGAGGUACCACUGUAGUCCCUUCUGCUUCCCAUUUUUGGUUUAUGCAGGCUGUAAGAUCCAGAACCUCUUUCCUUCCCCUUCUCUCAUUCGCUCUCUCCAAACUCGGAGAACUCCCUCGGUUUUGGGGCAUGAAGAAUUAUCCUUCACUCUGGGGGGACGGGAGGAGGAAGAAGAUUUGCCAUGAGGAGGGAGGCCGGUUGCCAGAUUAAACAAAGUUUCAAUUACAGUGGUACCUUGGUUCUCAAACUUAAUCCGUUCCGGAAGUCCGUUCCAAAACCAAAGCGUUCCAAAACCAAUGCGCGCUUUCCCAUAGAAAGCAAUGCAGAAGGGAUUAAUCCGUUCCAGACUUUUAAAAACAAGCCCUGAAACAGCAACUGAACAUGAAUUUUACUAUCUAAAGAUACUGUUGAUCCAUUAAAUGAAAGCAAUAAUCAAUGUACUGCACCAUAAAAUAAAUAAGACAGUAUUGUAGGUGAUAAAAAUUUAUAUAUUUUUUUCUUACCUGCACUGAUGAUAGUCAUUGUUUGGAUGGGGGGCUUUUAUCCAUUUCGGCAGUCGCACAAUCCAUCAGCAGCUGACCUGGGUUCCACAUAGUCACAAAAACAAAUGGAACAGAAAAAGCCUCGAAAACAAAAACACAAAAUAAAUCACAAAAACAAAAGCGUCAAACUUAAUCUGUUCUGGAAGUCCGUUUGACUUCCAAAAUGUUCAAAAUCCAAGGCGCAGCUUCUGAUUGGUGCAGGCGCCCCGGAAACAAUAGCCGACAGCCGCAGCGGAUGUUCGGCUUCCGAAAAACGUUCGAAAACCGGAACAGUUACUCCUGGGUCCUUUGUGUUUGAGAACCAAGACAUUUGGGAACCAAGGUACCACUGUACCACUCUAAUUAGGGGAGUGGGGAGAUCAAAGGGCCUAUGUAGCCCUCCAGCUGCAACCCCAGACUCAUCUAAUCUUAGCCAAAGCAAACAUACGCCCCUUCUCUAUACAAGGGGUCAGGGGACGAUCACAAGUGGUAACACUAAAGUCGUAUCCAUCAAGAACUGUCCCGACAGUCUUCACCUUCAUAAGGACUAGGUGCUUCCUUAUUAAUUUUUACAAAAGGCACCAAAUCCUAGAUGCUGGAUUUUGCAUCAGAUUUCCCAGCUCUCUGAUUCACAAAUCUCUCCAUACGGAAAGCAACUUCUAAACAAUUGGGAGGUACAAGGAGCUGCUUUCUCCUGAGGAAGCCCAUCUGUCUAGCUCAGUAUAGCCUGCAAUGGCAGGUAGCGGAUCAUCGUAUUGCAGAGUUGGAAGGGACCUCCAGAGUCCCUGCAAUGCAGGAAUCUCAGCUAAAGCAUCCAUGACAGACGGCCAGCCAACCUUGGUCUGGACCAGACAUAGGCAAACUUGGCCCUCCAGAUGUUUUGAGACUACAAUUCCCAUCAUCCCUGACCACUGGUGCUGUUAGCCAGGGAUGACGGGAGUUGUAGUCCCAGAACAUCUGGAGGGCCGAGUUUGCCUAUCCCUGGUCUGGACACUAGACUUUUGCUGAUGCAGCCUAGAAUAAAAAGGUAAAGGGACCCCUGACUAUUAGGUCCAGUCGUGGCCGACUCUGGGGUUGCGGCGCUCAUCUCGCUUUAUUGGCCAAGGGAGCCGGCGUACAGCAGGACUAAGCCGCUUCUGGCGAACCAGAGCAGUGCACGGAAACGCCGUUUACCUUCCCGCCGGAGUGGUACCUAUUUAUCUACUUGCACUUCGUGCUUUCGAAGUGCUAGGUUGGCAGGAGCAGGGACCGAGCAACGGGAGCUCACCCCAUCAUUGCGGGGAUUCGAACUGCCGACCUUCUGAUCGGCAAGUCCUAGGCUCUGUGGUUUAACCCACAGUGCCACCUGCGUCCCGCAGCCUAGAAUAGCCUUAGCCUUUUUUUGCUGCAGCAUCACACUGUGGACUCACGUAAAACGUGUGGUCCACCAAGACCCCUUAGAUCCUAUUCACACAUGCUUCUAGUAACUCAGGUGUCCCCCAUACUAUAUAUGUGCAUCUGGUUCUUCCUGCCUAAGUACAGAACCAGACAAUUGACCCUAUUAGAAUUCCCUUUGCUAGCUUGGGCCCAGUUCUCUGCAAUCUGUUGAGGUCAUUUCGAAUUCUGAUUCUGUCUUCUGCGGCAUCAGCUACCCUUCCCAGUUUGGUGUCUACUAGAUCUUGAGGGUGGGUAGGGGAAUAUUUCCAACCCCGCCUGGAUUUGCCAGGGAUCGAACCUAAAUUUCCCAGCCUGAUCCCUCCCGGCUCCCUGAUCAUUCCUUCUGCGCUUAGUCUUCCCAAACCAUAGCUGUCAACCGUCCCUGAUUUGGUGGGAAAGUCCCUUAUCCCAGCGCCGGGUCCUGCUGCUGUCCCUUAUUGAUGAUGUCCCUUAAAUUUCCCAGGUUUCAAAGGAAGCAGCUCCUCUCCCUCCCUCCCUGCCGGCCAGGGAGGAGGGAGGCUCCAACUGUGUUGCUCACCCAAUAAGGAGUCUAAGAACGACUGAGGGGUGGAGCUUGCAUGCCUUGUGCCGAUCAAAUCGGCUGCGUUGCCUUGGGACUCGCCUUUGCUCAGCGCUUCCCAGCGGAGAGGCGAUGGUGGUUUUCCUUGCUGCAUUCCCUUUGCUGGGUUGCUGCGCUGUGGGAACCACCGCUUGAGGCUUCGUUUGGCUGCUGGCUGGGCUUUCUGCCUUUGGCUCGGAGGGGCUCAGAAGUUGAACAUACCUGUGCUUGGAAAAUCCCUUAUUUUGGCUGCUGAUCCCUUAUUUUCGAGGCUGCGGGUCCCUUAUUUUCAAAUCUGAAAGUUGACAGCUAUGUCCCAAACCCUAGAUGCAGAAUCCCUUGGAGGAGACGAUUGCCUGGAAGAGGACGAGGAAGAGCUGGAGGCGAGCUUGGAAGACCACGAGAACGUGGGGAAAUUACUGGUUCCUGGCAGGCGUAGCUGCUGUAUCCUGACACGACGAGGAAUCACUCUGCGUGUGCUUCUAAAGGACGGGCUGAUUGAGCCCGGAGAGGGUGUCCUCUCCAUUUACUACCUGGUAAUAAUAAUAAUAAGGGACACAGGUGGCGCUGUGGGUUAAACCACAGAGCCUAGGACUUGCCGAUCAGAAGGUCAGCGGUUCGAAUCUCCGCGACGGGGUGAGCUCCCAUUGCUCGGUCCCUGCUCCUGCCAACCUAGCAGUUCGAAAGCACACCAGUGCAAGUAGAUAAAUAGGUACCGCUCCGGCGGGAAGGUAAACGGCGUUUCCGUGCGCUGCUCUGGUUCGCCUGAAGCGACUUAGUUCUGCUGGCCACAUGACCCGGAAGCUGUACGCCGGCUCCCUCGGCCAAUAAAGCGAGAUGAGCGCUGCAACCCCAGAGUCUGUCACGACUGGACCUAACGGUCAGGGGUCCCUUUACCAAUAAUAAUAAUAAUAAUAAUAAUAAUAAUAAUAAUUCAUUAUUUGUACCCCGCCCAUCUGAAUGGGUUUCCCCAGCCACUCUGGGCGGCUUCCAAGAAAGCCCAAAAAUACACUAAGAUGUCACACAUUAAAAAGUUCCCUGAACAGGGCUGCCUUCAGAUGUCUUCUGAAUGUCAGGUAGUUGUUUAUCUCUUUGACAUCUGGUGGGAGGGUGUUCCAAGAGGGCAGGUGCCACCACCGAGAAGGCCCUCUGCCUGGUUCCCUGUAGCUUUGCUUCUCGCAAUGAGGGAACCACUAGAAGGCCCUCAGAGCUGGACCUCAGCAUCUGGGCAGAUUGGUAAGACGCUCUCAUCGUUCCGUCGCUUCUCCUUCCAAGAAGCGGACAAGGGGAGUGCUGGCCCUCAAUGGUGUGGGAUGUGAUACGUUAAGUAGCAGUCAAGCACAACAUUCCUUGUUUUCCUAGAGUGGACAUGCAGGGGGGAUGUUCCUGUUUCCUCCUGGCUGGGACAUACUUCCUUUUACAUAUGACUAGAGGUGGGCAUAUGGGACGUGGGUGGCGCUGUGGGUUAAACCACAGAGCCUAGGACUUGCCGAUCAGAAGGUCGGCGGUUCGAAUCCCCGCGAUGGGGUGAGCUCCCGUUGCUCGGUCCCUGCUCCUGCCAACCUAGCAGUUCGAAAGCACCUCAAAGUGCAAGUAGAUAAAUAGGUACCACUCCGGUGGGAAGGUAAAUGGCGUUUCCGUGCGCUGCUCUGGUUCGCCAGAAGUGGCUUAGUCAUGCUGGCCACAUGAGCCGGAAGCUGUACACCGGCUCCCUCGGCCAAUAAAGCGAGAUGAGCGCCGCAACCCCAAAGUCAGUCACGACUAGACUUAAACGGUCAGGGGUCCGUUUACCUUUACCUAGAGGUGGGCAUGACCUUACCUGUAACAAAAGGGACAGGGCACGCAGUUCUCUCUCUUUUUGACUUCCUCCAUCAUUGGAUCAGCUUUUAGCUAGAGAUUAGCUUCCAGCCAACAGAGGACACUGAGAUUAUCUCCAUAUGGGAUAGAUCCACGUAUAUACUUUUUAACUAAGUCUGCCUUCAGGUAUCCAUCUGUGAACUGAAUGUGAGUAAACUACUUAUAUACAUAGCUGUCAACGUUUCCCUUUUCUUGCGAGGAAUCGUAUUCGGAAUAAGGGAAUUUCUCUUUAAAAAAGGGAAACGUUGGCAGCUAUGCUUAUAUAUACUUUACACAAGAUUGUGGUGUGUUUAUUCUUUUAAGAGGGGUACAACAUAAAUGAACUUAGAAAAAGACUGGAAUCAUCUAUUUCUCUCCUGCACACCCACCCAUGCCUUUGUUUUCUCUCCUCUCUCUCUCUCUCUCUCUCUCUCUCUCUCUCUCUCCAUUUUAAUUGGUUUUUUUAAUAUAUCCUUUCCAACAAUCGUUUAACAUAACUUCUUAUCUUAUACCAUAUUUUAGACUUCCGUCAACCACUUCUGAAGAUUUUCUGUUCUUUAUCAUUUGUUCUGCAUUUCUCUAUUACUUUUGAUUAUCCUUGACCAAUAGUUCUCAUUGUAGUCUUUUUUGCAGUAUUUCAAAUAGUCCUCCUUACAGAACUUCUUGCAGUCCUACUAGCAUAAUCUGUUUGUUACAAUUGCUUUUCAAAUAGUUCAAAUAUGUACUCCAGUCUUCUAAGAAUCUCUGAUCCCGCAGAUUUCGAAUCUUCCUGUUGUCUAAUUCUGCAUAGUCCAUUAAUUUCAUUUGCCAUUCCUCUUUCGUCAGUAAUUCUUCUUGCUUCCAUUUUUGUGCCAAUAAUAUUCUUGCUGCCGUCAUUGCAUAUAAAAACAACUUACAGUCCUGUCUAUUAAUAUCAUCUCCUACAAUGCUAAUUAAAAAUGCUUCUGGUUUUUUUAAUACAGUGGUACCUCGGGUUAAGUACUUAAUUCGUUCCGGAGGUCCGUACUUAACCUGAAACUGUUCUUAACCUGAAGCACCACUUUAGCUAAUGGGGCCUGCUGCUGCUGCUGCGCCGCCGGAGCACGAUUUCUGUUCUCAUCCUGAAGCAAAGUUCUUAACCUGAAGCACUAUUUCUGGGUUAGUGGAGUCUGUAACCUGAAGUGUAUGUAACAUGAAGCGUAUGUAACCCAAGGUACCACUGUAAAUGUAUAUUUCAACAUCUUUUUCGUCUCAUUAUAUAUCGUUUCCCAGAGGUUUUCCACUUUUUUACAUUCCGAUUGUGUCUUCUCUCUCACCUGUCCCAGGGCAAGAAGUUCUUGGGCGACCUCUUGACGGAUGGCAAGAUCGUUUGGCAGGAGACGGGUCAAGUGUUCAACUCCCCAAGCGCCUGGGCGACCUACUGCAAAAAGCUUGUCAACCCAGCCAAGAAGUCUGGGUGUGGCUGGGCGUCGGUCAAGUAUAAGGGCCAGAAAUUAGACCAGUAUAAAGCUGUUUGGCUGAAGAAGUACCAGCCCAACACGCCCCCUGCCGAGGAGGUGAAUGAAUACCCUGAUUUCUCUUUCACUUGUUAGAGCGCUGCAUUUAUGUACAAGCUAAGUAAGCAACAAAGGAUGCGGGUGGCACUGUGGGUUAAACCACAGAGCCUAGGACUUGCCGAUCAGGGUUUGAAUCCCCGUGACGGGGUGAGCUCCCGUUGCUCAGUCCCUGCUCCUGCCAACCUAGCAGUUCGAAAGCACCUCAAAGUGCAAGUAGAUAAAUAGGUACCGCUCCGGUGGGAAGGUAAACGGCGUUUCUGUGCGCUGCUCUGGUUCGCCAGAAGCGGCUUAGUCCUGCUGGCCACAUGACCCGGAAGCUGUACGCCGGCUCCCUCGGCCAAUAAAGCGAGAUGAGCGCUGCAACCCCAGAGUCGGCCACGACUGGACCUAAUGGUCAGGGGUCCUUUUACCUUUACUUAAGUAAGCAACAGUUUAGAUUUAUCUGAUUAUGGUAAAUGCAAAAAAGCUGCUUUUAAUGGGUUAAAAAAGAAAGAAAGGAAACAGACUCUAAAUUUUUAUAUAUACUUAAUGGCGACACAGUUAUUUGUCCUCUUUUGUUUGUGCUUCCGUGCAAGAAUAACUAAUGCAGUUUUCAUUUACGCUAAGAAAUCAAGGGCUAUCUGCGUUCUGCCCCGAGAUCUUUGGAUGAAGGACAGCAUACAAAUUUAAUAAUUUAAUGUGGGCACCAACCGCUGCUGGGGAGAGAGGUUGGGAAGGGAGAUUCUUACCUUCUCACAGCAGUGUUAAGCACAACAGCGAUUGCACAGAGCACAUUAAAACUUGGUUAGAUUUCACAUAUGCCCUCAUCCACUUUCAAAACAAAUGUUCCCCGCAAAAAUACUUAGGCUAGAAUAAAUCACAGUAAGUGGUUUGUUUAUUUUUGCUCACAGAGUUUCCAGAAUUUAAAAUGGACAAAUCUGUCAGCUGGCAGUAAGACAAAAAUGAAGAAAGGUUUCAAAUGACUUUAAAAGCAAAUAACUUUUCAGUGGUACCUCGGGUUAAGUACUUAAUUUGUUCCGGAGGUCCGUUCUUAACCUGAAACUGUUCUUAACCUGAAGCACCACUUUAGCUAAUGGGGCCUCCUGCUGCUGCCGUGCCGCUGGAGCACAAUUUCUGUUCUCAUUCUGAAGCAAAGUUCUUAACCCAAGGUAUUAUUUCUGGGUUAGUGGAGUCUGUAACCUGAAGCGUAUGUAACCCGAGGUACCACUGUACAGUGGUGCCUCGCAAGACGAAAUUAAUCCGUUCCGCGAGUCUCUUCGUCUAGCGGUUUUUUCGUCUUGUGAAGGAACCCUAUUAGCGGAUUAGCGCUAUUAGCGGUUUAGCGGCUAUUAAAGGCUUAGCGGCUUAGCUGCUAAAAGGCUAUUAAAGGCUUAGCGGCUUAGAAAAAGGGGGGGGAGCGAAAAAAAAUCUCAAGACUCGCAAGACAUUUUCGUCUUGCGAAGCAAGCCCAUAGGGAAAUUCGUCCUGCGAAGCGCAUUGAAAAACGGAAAACCCUUUCGUCUAGCGGGUUUUCCGUCUUGCGAGGCAUUCGUCUUGCGGGGCACCAAGGUACUUACUUCCAAAGAUGAUCAUGCAAUCUUUGGGUUGCAGGCUAUAAGAUCUCCUUUUUUGAGAGAUUCAGUUCACUUGGUUUUUCUUGCAGCUGGGAGCCAUCGUCCGCAUGGCUCCUUCUUUGCUUCUUGCAUGAAGCACAGAGAAAAAGACUGAGAAGUGGGGAAGCAGAGGGCCUGCUAAGCCACACCCACUUGCUACCUGGGUUCCGGGCUCAGGUUAACUCUUUCCUGCACGAACGUUUGAGUUGGCAACUGUAUAUUGCAGAAACUGCCUCUGUCUUAUGCAUUCUGGCCCACUGUCAAACAGCUCUGGACGUUCGAUCUGAAGCCAGCUGGAGCAACUGAGGGCAUGGCUAGUCUUCCUUCCUCACAUGACAGCUCUUGUAGGCUGAGUAGCAGUGGGGAGACAACCUUGUUUCCUGCUUGGCAGGGGGUUGGACUCGAUGGCCCUUGUGGUCUCUUCCAACUCUAUGAUUCUAUGAUUCCUCUCUGACGGCUUUUGCAUCUCUUUUCCUCCCCCAGAGUUUAGUGAGCGAAGGGGAAGAGGAUGAGCUUGCCGAUGAGGAGGAAGAAGAAGCCAAGGGGGUUAAGUCAGUCCUCUCAGAGUCCAUGCUAGCUAAGAAAUUGGAGGACAAGACCCGGAAGCAGCAGGCGAAAAGUCUUGCAGAACUGCACAGCUCAGGUAUGUCAAUGUAGUAUUGAUUUAUAUGCCGCUGGCUUGCCAAAAUGGGCUUCUAAGCAGUUUACAAAUGUAAAACCAAUUAUUUAUAUAUUUUUAAAACCCUAUUAUUUGUGAUUUAAAUACACAACGAAACAAUUUCGCUCAUACUUUAAAAACACCCAUAAACUUAGUACAGUCAUACUUUGGUUCUCAAACGGAAUCCAUUCUGGAAGUCCGUUCGACUUCCGAAAACGUUCAAAAACCAAGGCGCGGCUUCUGAUUGGCUGCAGAAGCCGCGUCAGACGUUCAGCUUCCAAAAAAAGUUCGCAAACCGGAACACUCACUUCCAGGUUUGCAGUGUUUGUGAGCCAAAACAUUUGAGUCACAAGGCGUUCAACAACCAAGGUACGACUGUAUAGUUUUAUUACAUAUGCGACCGCAAAACAGUCUGACUCCACAAACAGAUCUUUAUACAGCAGGAGGCUCUGAAAUAAAAGAAAUUUGUCAGAACUGAUGUCCUCGCAGAUUCUUGGAAAACAGACUUCCCCCCGCUGCAGGAAGGAAUUUUGGCUAGCAUUGUUGUUUAGUCGUUUAGUUGUGUCCGCCUCUUCGUGACCCCCUGGACCAGAGCACGCCAGGCCCUCGUGUCUUCCACUGCCUCCCGCAGUUUGGUCAAACUCAUGCUGGUAGCUUCGAGAACACUGUCCCACCAUCUCGUCCUCCGUCGUCCCCUUCUCCUUGUGCCCUCCAUCUUUCCCAACAUCAAGGUCUUUUCCAGGGAGUCUUCUCUUCUCCUGAGGUGGCCAAAGUCUUGGAGCCUCAGCUUCAGGAUCUGUCCUUCCAGUGAGCACUCAGGGCUGAUUUCCUUCAGGAUGGAGAGGUUUGAUCUUCUUGCAGUCCAUGGGACUCUCAAGAGUCUCCUCCAGCACCAGAAUUCAAAAGCAUCAAUUCUUUGGCGAUCAGCCUUCUUGAUGGUCCAGCUCUCACUUCCACACAUCACUACUGGGAAAACCAGUAGCUAGCGCUACCCUUUGAUAAAGGUCACAAUGGUUAUGCUAUGUAUAAGAAAAAUACAUUUUGUAAACAAAACGAAGCACAAACACCCGCAAUUAAAAUGCAGAAUAAAAUAAACCUGCUUAAAUGGUGCAACAAUGAAAGGUGUUGAAACGGAGGGUGGAGAUGUUUAAUUUUGCGUUUCAUGCCUCAGUUUAGCUCAGUGAUGGCCAGUCGCUUUGUUUUUAAUCGCAGAUAGCAGCAAAAGGCUGGACUGCAGGAAUCGAAUCCCUGUCCGUUAUUGCAGCCUGGGGAGUCGGGACUCUGCCAGGUACGUCCAUCGUAUGUAUGAAAUCCUCUCAGUAGCUAGAGACGCAUGUCUUGUGUGCAGCUGUGCUCAGGGGGGUGAAAUCUAAUUUAAAAAGCAGAAGGAAAGGCUGUAGUCCUCAAGGCGAAGGCAGACUUGAGAAUGGAUGCCUCUGUUUUGAGUUGGUGGGUGGGGAGGCAGGAUUUCAGCCGCGGCUCAAGAAGCUAGUUUGCUGAAAUGCGGCCAACAAUGUAAAAGAUAAAACUCUGGCUGGGAUUCACCAUGUGGCCCUCUAGACUUCUCUCGCCGGCCCCUGGAAAGCACCAACAAUUCUUGCACUCUCCUACAGUGUUUCCCCGAGCCGGAACAUGCCCGUGAGCAUAAUAAUAAUAAUAAUAAUAAUAAUAAUAAUAAUAAUAUAUUACUUAUACCCCGCCCAUCUGCCUGAGUUUCCCCAGCCACUCUGGGCGGCUUCCAACAAAAGAUUAAAAUACAAUACAGUGGUACCUUGGGUUACAUAUGCUUCAGGUUACAUACACUUCAGGUUACAGACUCUGCUAACCCAGAAAUAUUGCUUCAGGUUAAGAACUUUGCUUCAGGAUGAGAACAGAAACAGCAACAGGAGGCCCCACUAGCUAAAGUGGUGCUUCAGGUUAAGUACAGUGGUGGGAGGGCGUUCCACAGGGCAGGUGCCACCACUGAGAAGGCCCUCCGCCUGGUUCUCUGUAACUUGGCUUCUCGCAGUGAGGGAACCUUUAGCAAGGCCUCUUGCUAGCUGGGGAGGGCAGAGAGGGGAAGACUCGUGAAAUUUACAUGUAUUGCUCCUCCCACUUUUGGCUCUGGCCCCUGGAAGGGAGUGUGGCCCGCGGGCUGAAACAGUUUCCCCUCGCCUUGCAACGGCACUUUGCGAUACGCUGCGGCGUUUGUGCGGUUUUCAGCAAAAUAGUACGAAAGCAAAAUAACGACUUGCUGAAUGCAAGAUGGGUCUAGAACACAAUUGCGUAAACCGAUUCUGAAGAAAAUGUUGUUGUUGUUUUUUAACCACUCUAACGAGGAACCUGAUAUUUUGGAGCAUAUUUUCUUUUCUCGUUAUUUUGGCAUUUAUGCCAGAAGACAAUUAUUAGAGGCCUUACAACUCAAUAGGCUGAAUUCUAUGCUGCCAAAUGUUCAGGACCUGGUUUUGGACAGGAAUGAUCAAAUUAAUAGUGGCUGAAUUUUUGAGUGCUGUCCAUGUAGAAAGACUGGGCCACUAUAAAGAGAUUUAGUGGUUCUUAAUUGAUUGGGGAUGUGGUAGUGUUGUGUUGUAUUAUUUAUGCAAAUUGAUUUCCUCUGGAGUUAAUGAUCUGACUGGGACAAACCUUGUUAUGCUGAGCUCGUAUUUUGCACAAUUUGUAUAUGGUGUCUGUUUGAUAAUAUGUGUUUUGCUAUGCCUAAUAGCAGGUGGCGCUGUGGGUUAAACCACAGAGCCUUGGGCUUGCCGAUCAGAAGGUGAGCAGUUCGAAUCCCCGCGACGGGGUGAGCUCCCAUUGCUGGGUCCCUGCUCCUGCCAACCUAGCAGUUCAAAAGCACGCCAAAGUGCAAGUAGAUAAAUAGGUACAGUGGUGCCUCGCAAGACGAAAUUAAUUGGUUCCGCGAGUUUUUUCGUCUAGCGAAUUUUUCGUCUUGCGAAGCACGGUGUCGGAAAAGUUUUGGAAAAGCUUCAAAAAUCACACCAGUGCAAGUAGAUAAAUAGGUACCGCUCCGGCGGGAAGGUAAACGGCGUUUCCGUGCGCUGCUCUGGUUCGCCUGAAGCGACUUAGUUCUGCUGGCCACAUGACCUGGAAGCUGUACGCCGGCUCCCUCGGCCAAUAAAGCGAGAUGAGCGCUGCAACCCCAGAGUCAGCCACGACUGGACCUAACGGUCAGGGGUCCCUUUACCUUUACCUUAUGCUUAAUAAAGGAUAUUUGAUGAUGUAAACCACUCUAACGGGCUUUGUUUGGGAAGGAAUUUUCCACAAACAAAACAUGCCAUCCAUUUGUACUGCAAUUCGUUUAUACGGUAAGCCUUCCUUUGAUCCUCAGGUGUUUAACAAAUAAAUACAGGAUUGACUGCCCCAAGUCAGCUUAAGUCGUAUUUAAAAGCCUUUGCAUUCGGCUCAUUAAUAUAUAUAUAUUUAAUGCUAUUAGUGCUCAUGAUGGCCGUUUCUUUGUCUGCCUUUAGGAAUCCCCACACCUUGGUGGAAGUGACGUCUUUCGCAGCCCUUAACAAGUUCCAGCCUUUCAAUGUCGCCAUCUCCAGCAACGUCCUUUUGUUAGUGGUACGUGGACAUUUGGCUGGGCCCUGGCCAGCCCCACCAAGAGGCCUCAGUAAUAAUAUAAUAAUAAAUUAUUCUUUAUACCCUACCCAUCUGGCUGGGUUUCCCCAGCCACUCUGGGCAGCUCCCAACAAAAUUAAAAGCACAAUAAAACAUCAAACAUUAAAAACUUCCCUAAACAGGGCUGCUUUCAGAUGUCUUAUAAAAGUCAGAUAGUUGUUUAUUUCCUUGACAUCUGAUGGGAGGGUGUUCCACAGGACGGGCGCCACUACCGAGAAGGCCCUCUGCCUGCUUCCCUGUAACCUCGCUUCUCGCAGGGAGGGAACCGCCAGAAGGCCCUCGGAGAUGGACCUCAGUUGUCCGGGCAGAACAAAGGGGUGGAGACGCUCCUUCAGGUAUACAGGACCGAGGCCGUUUAGGGCUUUCAAGGUCUGCACCAACACUUUGAAUUGUGCUCGGAAAUGUACUGGGAGCCAGUGUAGAUCUUUCAAGACCAGUGUUAUGUGGUCUCGGCGGCUGCUCCCUGUCCCCAGUCUAGCUGCCGCAUUCUGGAUUAAUUGCAGUUUCCGAGUCACCUUCAAAGGUAGCCCCACGUAGAGCGCAUUGCAGUAGUCCAAGCGGGAGAUAACCAGAGCAUGCGCCACUCUAACAAGACAGUCCAAGGGCAGGUAGGGUCUCAUCCUGCGUACUAGAUGGAGCCGGUAGACAGCUGCCCUGGAUACAGAAUCGACCUGUGCUUCCAUGGACAGCUGUGAGUCCAAAAUGACUCCCAGGCUGCGCACCUCGUCCUUCAGGGGCACAGUUGCCCCAUUCAGGACCAGGGAGUCCCUCACACCUGCCCGCCUCCUGUCCCCCAGAAACAGUCCUUCUGUCUUGUCAGGAUUCACCCUCAAUCUGCUAGCCACCAUCCAUCCUCCAACUGCCUCCAGACACCCACACAGGACCUUCACUAGUUCUGAUUUAAAAGAGAGGUAGCUCUUUUAGGGUUGGAGGGAGGAAUCCAUAAAUCUGAUAGCUUGGACUCUGAUAUGAGGAAUAUAGAAUUGUAGAGUUGGAAGGGACACUAAGAGUCAUCUAGUCUGACCCCCGUGCAAUGCAGGGAUUAUGGGAGCUGGAGUCCAGUAGCACCCAGAGUGUGACCAUAGCACCCAAGGGUGACCAAACCUUCAAACCUGUGCUCUCCCCCCCCCCUUUCCUCUUAGGACUUCCAUAGUCACCUGACGAAGAGUGAAGUAACUGGCUAUCUCGGCGGUCGCUGGGACACCAACAGCCAGCGUAAGUUCCCCGGGGGUAACUAGCAAGAGAGUGGAGCUGAAAUGUUCCAAAUUCCUUUCUUUUUUUAUUGACUUUAAAAAAAAAUUAUACAAGAUGAUGGAUUUUUCGGAGCUAGCCGACCUAACCGGAAGAGUCCGCGACCAGAAGGAGGAGGAGUAUCAGGAAGAAUGGAAUAAAUUUAAUGAUUAUUUAGUUAAAUUUGUUAAGUUAAACUAACCGGAAAUAGCUUGCAGAUACUUAACUGGUUUAGGAUUUCAUUUAUGUUAAGUGAUGAAUUAAUAUGUUUAAUUCUAUAAGGUGAAGAUUUAACGAUGUUAAUGUUUAAGUUAAAUUUCAUAAAAAUUGGGAUUUGGUAAACUGUUAAAAGGACAUGCAAUGAAAUUCAACCAAGGGGAAGCGAGGAAGUCACUUAACAAAGGUAAUAACUGUAAUUUUCAAUAAGGCUAUGAUUUAUGUUUGUUAUGUUUGUUUGUCUUGUGUGUUUGUUUGUUUGUUUGUUUGUUUGUUUGUUUAUAAUAUUGUGAAAACCAAUAAAAAUUUUGGGGAAAAAAAUUUAAAAAAAAUUAUACAGACCGCAAAACAAAGCAGUCUAAAUUAACAUUGCCUUCCACUGAUAAGAAAUAAUAAUAGCUAUUACAAUAAUGAAAAUCCUAAAAGUACAUUUACUUCCGCUUUUAAACUUCUAUUCUGGUUACAACAUAUUACUAUUCUAUAAGAAUCGAUUAUAUCCUUCGCUGGGCAGUGGAAGACAGGAGUGCCUGGCGUGCUCUGGUCCAGGGGGUCAUGAAGAGUUGGACACGACUAAACGACUAAACAACAACAACAAUAUUAUUUUAUUUCCCAAAUUCAACCUAACCCUCCCCUCCUCCCCACUGCUUCCCUUCACCUGUGUGAGAUCUUCCCAUCAUAAUAUAUUUUUUUCUAGUUGUUUUGAUAAAAUAGAGUAACUUGAAAACUGUUAAAUUAUAAUUACUUCUUUUGUCCUUACACACUUAACAAUUGCCUACUAAGAGUUCUGAUUUAACACCAUAUUUCUUCAGGCAUUCCCAUUCUGUAUAGAAUUUUUGAUUGGAGCAGCCCCUGAUUGCUGCAGUCAUUUUUGCUAUCUCGGCAAAAAUGGCAGAAAUGUUCCAAAUUUCCUUUCCCCACCUUUCCUUUAAAAUGUAAUUAAUUAAAAAUGAUGCUUAAGGCAACUAAGCAGAAAUUUGCCUCAAAGUUGAUCUCAAAAUUCAGGUUGCAGAUGCUAACCUGUUGUUGUUUAGUCGUUUAGUCGUGUCCGACUCUUCGCGACCCCCUGGACCAGAGCACGCCAGGCACUCCUGUCUUCCACUGCCUCCCGCAGUUUGGUCAGACUCAUGUUACUAGCUUCGAGAACACUGUCCCACCAUCUCGUCCUCUGUCGUCCCCUUCUCCUUGUGCCCUCCAUCUUUCCCAACAUCAGGGUCUUUUCCAGGGAGUCUUAUCUUCUCACGAGGUGGCCAAAGUCUUGGAGCCUCAGCUUCAGGAUCUGUCCUUCCAGUGAGCACUCAGGGCUGAUUUCCUUCCGAAUGGAGAGGUUGGAUCUUCUUGCAGUCCAUGGGACUCUCCAGAGUCUCCUCCAGCACCAGAAUUCAAAAGCAUCCAUUCUUAAGCAGUAAUAACGAUAAUAAUACAGCCAAACAGGAACUGCAGGAAUGAAUGAACAAAGGUGCUGAACUCAGGUGGAACGAAAACUUGACUUGGUCGAAGGCUUCUUUCUGUGUUUCUGUUUAUAUAAAGGUAAAGGGACCCCUGACCAUUAGGUCCAGUCGUGGCCCACUCUGGGGUUGCGGUGCUCAUCUCGCUUUAUUGGCUGAGGGAGCUGGCGUACAGCUUCCGGGUCAUGUGGCCAGCAGGACUAAGCCGCUUCUGGCGAACCAGAGCAGCGCACGGAAACGCCGUUUACCUUCCUGCCAGAGUGGUACCUAUUUAUCUACUUGCACUUUGACGUGAUUUCGAACUGCUAGGUUGGCAGGAGCAGGGACCGAGCAACGGGAGCUCACCCCAUCAUGGGGAUUCGAACCGCCGACCUUCUGUCCAGCAAGUCCUAGGCUCUGUGCUUUAACCCACAGCAUUUAUUCAAAACCCUAUUUCUUUUGGUGGGGAAGGUCGCAGGUUGAUUCUUCAGGCAGAGCUGCAAAAGCCCCCCAGUUGAAGGCCUGGAGAAGGAAUGGGGAACAUUUUUGGCCCCACGGGCCUGAUCCUUAUCAGGAUUGGCCUCUUAGGCCAAAUUUGAGAGGUGGAUGGGGCCACCAGCCUGCCAGUCACCUGACGCCACAAGGACAUCAGGUGACUUGCUGCUUUGAAGUCCCGAAGUUGGGACGUCAAAGCACCUCACAGGCAGCAAGGCUCUGCUAACACGGCCUUUGUUUUAUCAGGGCUUGAACUGACCAGGAUUUAACUCUCGGCUCCUCGGCUGAUGAGCAGGGGGUUAAAUCCUGCUGUGUUGACUGCAUGCACCAGUUUCCGAUGGGUUUGCACCAUGCAGAAUUCAACCCUGCCAAUCAGCUGGUCUCACUCGCCCAUUGGAGGGGCCUCUGAUGAUUGACAGGUGGGCAUGGCUUCGAUAUAACCGACCUGGAGGGCCAAAUCGGAACUCCUGGAGAGAGAAGAUUGGCCCAUCUGGCAGAGGUUCGUUCCCCUUGUCCUAGACUAGAGAGUCAGGGGAGACGAUACAGGGAGAGAUGGACUAAUGCUUUGACUUGAUAUAGGGCAGCUGGCUCCGUUCCUAAACCCUUAGAAGAGAGGGUUAGUUAGGGCAGCUAAACAAAAACCUCAAGGCAGUAUAUCUGCUAAUGUCUGGCCCAAAGCAGGAGGGCAUUGGUUGACCAAAACCAGUGAUCCCUUGGUUCUCUUUCAGUGUUGUAGGGACGCGGGUGGGGCUCUGGUCUAAACCACUGAGCCUCUUGGGCUUGCCAAUCCGAAGGUCAGCAGUUUGAAUCCCCACGAUGGAGUGAGCUCCCAUUGCUCUGUCCCAGCUCCUGCCAACCUAGCAGUUCGAAAGCACACCAGCGCAAGUAGAUAAAUAGGUACUGCUGUGGUGGGAAGGUAAACGGCAUUUCUGGUUUCUGUCAUGGUGUCCCAUUGCACCAGAAGCGGUUUAGUCCUGCUGGCCACAUGACCCGGAAAGCUGUCUGUGGACAAACGCUGGCUCCCUCGGCCUGAAAGCGAGAUGAGCGCCACAACCCAAUAGUCGCCCUUGACUGGACUUAACCGUCCAGGGUCCUUUACCUUUUUCUGCAUUGCAGGGCGUUGCAAUAGACUACCCUUGAUGUCCCUUCCAACUCUACAAUUCUACGGUUCGUUUUUCUCUGACCGAUAAACAGACUUAGAGCUGGGCUCUAAAAGGCAACCCCAAAUUUUCCUACAACACUGCGAUCAGGGGCUUCUUAAGGUAAUCUGGCAAGAAUUCGAAGGAGCCUUGGGUCUAAGACAGGCAUAGGCAAACUCCGGCCCUCCAGAUGUUUGGGACUACAAUUCCCACCAUCCCUAGCUAACAGGACCAGUGGUCAGGGAUGAUGGGAACUGUAGUCCCAAACAUCUGGAGGGCGGGAGUUUGCCUAUGCCUGGUCUAAGAGGACUCUCAAGAUUGACUUUCAAACUCGCACACACCUUUUCUUUUUUAAAUCUUUCAGUGUUAACGGUGCUGAGGGCAUUUCCUUGCCGAUCACGCCUUGCGGACGGGGACUUAGCAGCUGCCGUGGAAGAAGAGGUAAGGAGCUCAUUUCCUUAGUAAUGGUGGUGCUGGAGUUCAACAUGGGGUAGCAGGCACCACGACUGCCCCAUGGAUUGUUUGUUCGAUUCUUCCUUUGCCCUCCAGCUGUCUUGGAAGUAUAACUCUUGGGCAAACAGCUUGGAUGAGGAUGAUGGGAAGACAAGUUGCUCCCUGUUCGAGGGUGUUCUUCUUUGGUUGGGAACUCGCUUGUUUUCCAUUUGGGGGCUAACAAAGCACGGGCUGCAGUAGCAGCAUACAUUUGUUGUUUAGUCGUUUAGUCGUGUCCGCCUCUUCGUGACCCCCUGGACCAGAGCACGCCAGGCCCUCCUGUCUUCCACUGCCUCCCACAGUUUGGUCAAACUCAUGCUGGUAGCUUCGAGAACACUGUCCCACCAUCUCGUCCUCUGUCGUCCCCUUCUCCUUGUGCCCUCCAUUUUUCCCAACAUCAGGGUCUUUUCCAGGGAGUCUUCUCUUCUCCUGAGGUGGCCAAAGCCUUGGAGCCUCAGCUUCAGGAUCUGUCCUUCCAGUGAGCACUCAGGGCUGAUUUCCUUCCGAAUGGAGAGGUUGGAUCUUCUUGCAGUCCAUGGGACUCUCAAGAGUCUCCUCCAGCACCAGAAUUCAAAAGCAUCCAUUCUUCUGGAUAUGCUUAAGACUGCUGAAAAGCAACAUCCUUUUCCUCUUGUCUUCAGAUAUGCCAGAACCUCUUUAUGCGUGGGCUUUCCCUGGUGGGCUGGUAUCACAGCCACCCGUUCAGCCAUGCCCUGCCAUCCCUCCAGGACAUCGAUACUCAAAUGGACUACCAGCUGAAGCUCCAGGGAACCAGCAACAGCUUCCAGCCUUGCUUGGCACUCAUCUGCGGUAAGUGGCAGAAGGGUGUCUGUUCGUCUCAACCUGAACGAAACAGCCUGUGCUGGUUCCGUGGGUUAACCAUGAGGCAAGGUCCAAGUUCAGACCAAGGUCGAGGAUGCAGUAUGGAGGCUGUCCGUCAAAGCUGUAGCUGGGUCCAAGGUGGGGAGUCGGGUGAGGUCAGGAGCUCCGGCAGGACAGGGUGCAGGCAGGAACUGGCUACCAACAAUGUUGCUCCUGCAACUUGGGACUGGGGCUGGCUGGCUUUUAUCUGCCCUGAGGCAUAGGGCAGCCCUAGUCCACAGGUGACUCACCUCUCCUGGCCUGGAGGUGAGCACUCCUCCUGCGGGAACUUAGUUCCCUCCGCCUCUCUGCCCUGAGCCUCUGCAGCUCAGGAGAGGCUGGAGGGUUACUGGACCCAGAGGCAACCUCAGCUUCCUCUGAUGGGGCUGAGAGUGGAGCAUCUGCAGGUAAUGGGUCCUCCAUCCCCUCAGGGGCCAGAGCAGACUCAGCUGGUGCCUGCACCUGAGGACCCAGCACAGGUGAGGACCCUUCAGGCUCAUGCCCCAGCCCCGGCUCAGCUGGUUCUGGAGGCGGGGACUCCUGUGCAGGCUGGGAUUCCUCAGGUUCAGCCUCCGAGUCCGAAUCCCAGGCCAUCGCACAGCCCACCGUCUCGCAGCACUCUGCAAACGUUAGGUGCAGAAACGGGCAGCAAUGUACCUCUCCCAAUGUUUCUUCUUUACGGAUUGCUCCUGUGUCUAAUCACGUCUGUAACUCACUCUACAUGGGGCUGCCCUUGAGACUGACCCAGAAACUCCAGCAGGUGCAGAAUGCCGCGGCGAGACUCCUUACGGGGUCCUCGCCGUGGGAUCUCAUUCACCCGGAGAAGGCCGGUGGUUCGAAUCCCCGCGACGGGGUGAGCUCCCAUUGUUCGGUCCCUGCUCCUGCCAACCUAACAGUUUGAAAGCACGUCAAAGUGCAAGUAGAUAAAUAGGUACCGCUCCGGCGGGAAGGUACACGGCGUUUCCGUGCGCUGCUCUGGUUCGCCAGAAGCGGCUUAGUCCUGCUGGCCACAUGACCCGGAAGCUGUACGCCGGCUCCCUCGGCCAAUAAAGCGAGAUGAGCGCCGCAACCCCAGAGUCGGCCAUGACUGGACCUAAUGGUCAGGGGUCCCUUUACCUUUACCUUUUAUACCAGCUUCACUGGCUCCCGGUGGAGUACAGGGUCAGGUUUAAGGUGCUGGUUUUAACCUUUAAAGCCCUAUACGGGUGAGGACCCUCAUACCUACAGGACCGCCUCUCCUGGUAUGUCCCACAGCGCCACCUGCGUCCCACCCUAUAUAUACAAAUGAGCAAACCAGUGAUAUUUUAGGGAGCAGGCUAGUAGGCGGGGCCCAUGACUUACACCAGGCAUAGGCAAACUCAGCCCUCCAGAUGUUUUGGGACUACAACUCCCAUCAUCCCUAGCUAGCAGGACCAGUGGUCAGGGAUGGUGGGAGUUGUAGUCCCAAAACAUCUGGAGGGCCAAGUUUGCUAAUGCCUGACUUACAUCAUAGGAGCCUGCACAACACAAAACACUGUUGCUGUAUGUAGGUUUUUUUUAUUUUUUAUCUUAUAUUUUGGAAAUGUACAUCCAGUUUUUUUCCCCUUUAAAUUUUUGGGGGGCCCCCAAGAAAGUGGGGCCCUAAGCUAUAGCUUGCUUAGCUUAUACGUAAAUUUGUUUAGCUUAUACUGUUCCCAUGCUAGGUGCCCAAAUGAUCUGGAGAGCCAGUGUGGUGUAGCGGUUAAGAGCGGUGGACUCGUAAUCUGGUGAACUGGGUUCGCUUCCCGCUCCUCCACAUGCAGCUGCUGGGUGACCUUGGGCCAGUCACACUUCUCUGAAGUCUCUCAGCCCCACUCACCUCACAGAGUGUUUGUUGUGGGGAAGGAAGGGAAAGGAGAAUGUUAGCCGCUUUGAGACUCCUUCGGGUAGUGAUAAAGUGGGAUAUCAAAUCCAAACUCUUCUUCUGUCUUAUUGUCCCUUCAGGUCCAUACUGCCAUGCCAACCAAGGCAUGGAGUCAAAGAUUGCGCCUUUCUGGGUAAUGCCCCCUCCGGAGGUGAGUCCUGCAGCGCCUGAGCAAGGUGCUCUUUGGGAGAGUGGGGGGCGCAAGGUAGUACCUCACACCAGACCACUGGUUUGGAAAAUUCAGCCGGUGCAGAAUUCAGCACCCAGCUUGCUCACUGAAGGAAGACGAUCUGAGCAUAUUACACAGAUCUGGUCCGACUGCACUGGCUACCAAUUACUGUAUUUUUUGCUCCAUAAGACUCACUUUUCCCUUCCUAAAAAGUAAGGGGAAAUGUGUGUGCAUCUUAUGGAGCGAAUGCAGGCUGCGCAGCUAUCCCAGAAGCCAGAACAGCAAGAGGGAUUGCUGCUUUCACUGCGCAGCGAUCCCUCUUGCUGUUCUGGCUUCUGAGAUUCAGAAUAUUUUUUUUCUUGAUUUCCUCCUCCAAAAACUAGGUGCGUCUUGUGGUCUAGUGCGUCUUAUAGAGUGAAAAAUACGGUAGUUUCUGGGCCCAAUUCAAAGUGCUGGUUCUGACUUUGUUGUUGUUGUUUAGUUGUUUAGUCGUGUCCGACUCUUCGUGACCCCCUGGACCAGAGCACGCCAGGCCCUCCUGUCUUCCACUGCCUCCCACAGUUUGGUCAGACUCAUGCUGGUAGCUUCAAGAACACUGUCCCACCAUCCCGUCCUCUGUCGUCCCCUUCUCCUUGUGCCCUCCAUCUUUCCCAACAUCAGGGUCUUUUCCAGGGAGUCUUCUCUUCUCAUGAGGUGGCCAAAGUCUUGGAGCCUCAGCUUCAGGAUCUGUCCUUCCAGUGAGGACUCAGGGCUGAUUUCCUUAAGAAUGGAGGGGUUUGAUCUUCUUGCAGUCCAUGGGACUCUCAAGAGUCUCCUCCAGCACCAUAAUUCAAAAGCAUCCAUUCUUCGGCGAUCAACCUUCUUUAUGGUCCAGCUCUCACUUCCAUACAUACUAGGUUCUGACCUAGAAAGUCUUAAACCAUGGGUAGGCAUACUAAGGUCUGGGGGCCCAGAAUGCAGCUGCUGGACUGGUGACUGGGAGCAGCUGCCAAGACCACAUAACACUGGUCCUGAAAGACCUGCACUGGCUCCCAGUACGCUUCCAGGCGCAAUCCAAAGUGUUGGUGCUGACCUUUAAAGUCCUAAAUGGCCCAGUAUACCUGAAGGUGGUUGGACAGUGUUCUCGAAGCUACAAACAUGAGUCUGACCAAACUGCGGGAGGCAGUGGAAGACAGGAGUGCUCUGGUCCAUGGGGUCACAAAGAGUCGGACAUGACUAAACGACUAAACAACAUACCUGAAGGAGUGUCUCCACCCCUAUCGUCCAUGGAGGUCCAGCUCCGAGGGCCUUCUGGUGGUUCCCUCAUUGCGAGAAGUGAGGUUACAGGGAACCAGGCUGUAACAAAUGUGGGGGUUGCUCGUGCGCAAGUUGGUGCCACUCCUGGCUAGGUUGCCUUGUUAAACCUUUUCUGUCUGGACAGCCCCUGCACUUCGUGGCUGUUCAGUCGCUAGCAGAAUCCGUCAGUGGGCGUUUCUUAAACCUUUUCCAGCAUAAAAGUUGUUUGACUCCAAGUCUCCUCCGACUCUCAUUGCGCGGAAGUCUUCUGCGCAGGGAGGGCGUGGGUAGCGGAGGACCCGUGCUCUCCUCGCUGAUCUCCGGCGAGGAGUCCUGGAGCCCCCUCGCCGAUUCUCCCAUCUGCCCCCCUUUAUCCCUGGUGUUACGCUGAUUUCCUUCCCCAGCUGGUGAGCCGCCUCUCCCCCUGCUGGGCCCUUCUCCAGCAUCCCUCGAGAGCCUAGCCUCCGCCUCUGGCUCCGAUGUCAGUUCCCUGACACAGGCAGAGGGCCUUCUCGGUGGUGGCACCCUCCCUGUGGAACACCCUUUGGGAGCUGCCAGAUGGGCGGAAUAUAAAUAUUAUUAUUAUUAUUUGCACUAGCAGAGGGAAAAAGACUGCAGGAUAUUUUUUCGAACCUAAUCCGCGUUGAUUCCCAAGGGGAUGUUUGGUACACUGUCAAUUGCUUGCUGCUGUUAACGUGUGUGCGUAUGUGUUAAUCAGUUGGUGCUGUAUAAAUAUUAUAAUCAAUAAAUAAAAGGGUAAAAUCGCUUGUUGCUCAGAAGUAUGUUGGCUCAAUUAUAGGCGGUGCAGUCUGAGGAGCUGCACCUCUAAGCCACCAGGGGGCGCUUUACAACUUUGGUUCUCCUGAGCAAGUCAAGAGAGAAAAAAAGGACUUGAUAUUAUUCACUUCUCUGUGUCUCUCUCUUCACCCCCUUCCCCGGCCAAAUAUUCUCUUCCACCAGCAAAGGCCUUAUGAUUACGGCAUCCCCAUGGAAGUUGAGGUCACCUACGUCCAAGACGGCUUCCUCACCAACGACGUUCUCCACGAGAUGGUAACUUUGGUUCAGCUGAAUUUCGCAUCUGCUCGGGAAAGAACGUUGGGUUGCGUCACCAAAGAGCCUUUUGUUCCAAACACACAGGGCUGCGAUGAUCUAAAGCGAGGCCUCUUGAAAAACAAAAUUUGUAACUGAUGGCAAAACAAUCCUUACAUUCAGAGAGUCCUGCGGGCAUUCACAAUGCAAGCGUUGUGUGCGAGCUUGAAAGUCAAUCUUGAGAGUCCUCUUAGACCAGGCAUAGGCAAACUCCCGCCCUCCAGAUGUUUGGGACUACAGUUCCCAUCAUCCCUGACCACUGGUCCUGUUAGCUAGGGAUGAUGGGAGUUGUAGUCCCAAACAUCUGGAGGACCGGAGUUUGCCUAUGCCUGUCUUAGACCCAAGGCUCCUUCGAAUUCUUGCCAGAUUCCCUUAAGAAGCCCCUGAUCACAGUGUUGUAGGAAAAUUUGGGGUUGCCUUUUAGAGCUCAACUCUCCGUGUCCCCUAAGUCUGUUUAUCAUUCGGAGAAAAAUGAACCGUAGAAUUGUAGAGUUGGAAGGGACAUCAAGGGUAGUCUAUUGCAACGCCCUGCAAUGCAGGAAAAGAUAAAAAAAAGGUAAAGGACCCCAUGACGGUUAAGUCCAAUCAAGGGCGACUAUGGGGUUGCAGCACUCAUCUUGCUUUCAGGCCAUGGGAGUCGGUGUUUGUCCACAGACAGCUUUCUGGGUCAUGUGGCCAGCAGGACUAAACUGCUUCUGGCGCAACAGGACACCGUGACGGAAACCAGAGCACCCAGAAACGCCAUUUACCUUCCCACCACAGUGGUAUCUAUUUAUCUACUUGCGCUGGUGUGCUUUCGAACUGCUAGGUUGGGAGGAGCAGGGACCGAGCAACAGGAGCUGACCCCGUCACGGGGAUUCAAACCACCGACCUUCUGAUCGGCAAGCCCAAGAGGCUCAGUGGUUGAGACCACAGCGCCACUCGCAGGUUUUUUUAUCUGCAGGAAAACCAGUAGAGUGGUACCUCGAGUUACAAACACUUCGGGUCACAAACACUUUGGGUUACAAACUCCGCUAACUCGGAAAUAGUACCUCAGGUUGAGAACUUUGCCCCAGGGUGAGAACGGAAAUCACGCGGUGGCAGCGGGAGGCCCCAUUAGUGAAAGUGCGCCUCAGGUUAAGAACGGUUUCGGGUUAAGAACGGACCUCCGGAACAAAUUAAGUACUUAACCCGAGGUGCCACUGUAAAGUUAUUUUCUUUUAAAGUAAUUUGAAACCUUUCUUCAUUUUUGUCUUACUGCCAGCUGACAGAUUUGUUCAUUUUAAAUUCUGGAAAUUAAAUUCUGCCUCUUUUCAUAUUUACAGUUAUUUAUACCUCUAUAAGGGACACAGGUGGCGCUGUGGUCUAAACCACUCAGCCUAGGACUUGCCGAUCAGAAGGUCGGCGGUUCGAAUCCCCGUGAUGGGGUGAGCUCCCGUUCCUCGGUCCCUGCUCCUGCCCACCUAGCAGUUCGAAAGCACGUCAAAGUGCAAGUAGAUAAAUAGGUACUGCUCCGGCGGGAAGGUAAACGGCGUUUCCGUGCGCUGCUCUGGUUCGCCAGAAGUGGCUUAGUCCUGCUGGCCACAUGACCCGGAAGCUGUACGCCGGCUCCCUCAGCCAGUAAAGCGAGAUGAGCGCCGCAACCCCAGAGUCGGUCACGACUGGACCUAAUGGUCAGGGGUCCCUUUACCUUUAUACCUCUAUAAAAUGCUAUUCACAAUAAAGGAGUGAAAUGAAAGAUAUCAGAAAAAAGAAAAAAGAACAAAGAAAAAAUAAAGUAAAAGAAAAGGAUCAUAGGUGAAAAUUUUUAAAAGUAGAUAACUAUUCACUAUACAUAGCCGUUUCCCAUCUAUAUUUAUAUUCAAUUGUUCUUUCUUCCUCACAGAUGCUGCUGGUGGAGUUUUACAAGGCGGCGCCCGACGUAGUGAAGUUUCAAGAGAUGUGGAGCCAGGAGCAGACCUAUUUGGAUAAACUAAAGGUAAUCUCAAGGAAGAGUUGCCCGGUAGUGGAGCGGACCUCCAGGGAAGGUGGUAAGAGUCUCCUUCUUUGGAGGUUUUCAGGCAGGAGUUGGGUGGGCAUUCGUUAUACUGGGAUUCCUGUGUUGCAGGGGGUUGGACUGGAUGACCCUCAGGGGUCCCUUCCGACUCCACAGGUCUCUAGUUAUGCAUGCUCUGGUGAUCUGGACUACUGCAAUGCGCUCUCCAUGGGGCUCCCUUUGAAGGUGACCCGGAAACUGCAGCUAAUCCAGAAUGCAGCAGCUAGACUGGGGACUGGGAGCGGCCACCGAGACCACAUAACACCGGUCCUGAAAGACCUACAUUGGCUCCCAGGACGUUUCCGAGCACAAUUCAAAGGCUCGGUACUGAUCCUGAAAGCCCUAAAUGGCCCAGUAUACCUGAAGGAGUGUCUCCACCCCCAUCGUCCAGCCUGGACACUGAGGUAAUUCCCUCGCUGCGAGAAGCCAAGUUACAGGGAACCAGGCAGAGGGCCUUCUCGGUAGUGGCGCCCGCCCUGUGGAACGCCCUCCCACCAGAUGUCAAAGAGAACAACAACUACCAGACUUUUAGAAGACAUCUGAAGGCAGCCCUGUUUAGGGAAGCUUUUAAUGUUUGAUGGAUUGCUGUAUUUUAAUAUUUUGUUGGAAGCCGCCCAGAGUGGCUGGGGAAGCUCAGCCAGAUGGGCGGGGUAUAAAUAAUAAAUUAUUAUUUUAAAUUGUGAAACAUAAAAAUUUAGUAAGAAUUAGAGAGGCAGAGAAAGUAUCACACGGCGAUUUGUGGGUGGGCUGUGCAAGGGAGAAGCCAUUUUUUUUGGUCUACUUGCAUUUAGCAAGCUGCUGAGGCUCACUUUCGGUCCCAGUGCCAUGCCUGUUCGAAUGACGAACGCCGCUAUUCUCUCCUUGCAGGGCUCAUUGGCUUCCAGGACACCCAAGGACCAAGGUUUCGGACAUAUCCUGGAACAAGUAUACAGCAUCCUCAAGCAAUACGGCUGAAACCAGGAGGAGGAACCAUGUCUUCAAGAAGCUGUCGGUCGGGGUUGGGGAAAGACCUUUGAGUGAGAAGCUUCCCCCCUCCACUUUGAAACCCAGUUCUGCCCCAUCUUGCUUGGCUGAUGGAGACGGAAAUGGAGACCCUUUGUGUGUGUGUGUUUAAGAAAGGUUUUUCACGAGUUUAAGAGGAAACACUGGACCAGUCAAGAACAUGCUUUGAUUUGCCUAGCUAGAGAAGCUAUCUGUUCCCCUGUACUGGGCUUGGCGUCAUGGGACAGAACACACCCAUUUCAUAGAUGGUCGACUGAAGCAACUUGGCUUGCGAGGCCUCAAAAGGACCCCUUGGUAGAUCUCGAAUUCAAUCCAGCAGAGUGUUGCGCGCUGGUCGACACCGCUGACCUCCUCUUGAGGUUUUCCGAGACGGAACGGAUGCCCGCAACUCUCUAGUUUCGUCUUAUGUUUCGUGCUGUGAAGGGUGGGGAGAAACUCGCCUACGGCCUCCAAUGUUUCGGGUGUGUGUGUCUGAGCUGGUAAGAGAGCAGAUUUAAAAAAAGAGGGCAGGGUGGUGUUGCCUUUCUAAAAAAUUUCACGGAUCUGUAGAAGCAGCAAAAACCGAGUAAAAAGGCAGCUAAAAAGGACGGAAGCUUACUUUGCGUAAAAGCAGGGUUGCGGCAGGUUGGUGAAAAUCUUGCUUUGUCCUUAAAGGUAAAGGGACCCCUGACCAUUAGGUCUAGUUGUGGCCGACUCUGGGGUUGCGGCGCUCAUCUCGCUUUAUUGGCCGAGGGAGCCGGCGUACAGCUUCCGGGUCAUGUGGCCAGCAGGACUAAGCCGCUUCUGGCGAACCAGAGCAGCGCACGGAAACGCCGUUUACCUUCCCGCCGGAGUGGUACCUAUUUAUCUACUUGCACUUUGACGUGCUUCCAAACUGCUAGGUUGGCAGGAGCAGGGACCGAGCAACGGGAGCUCAUCCCAUCGCAGGGAUUUGAACUGCCGACCUUCUGAUCGGCAAGCCCUAGGCUCUGUGGUUUAACCCAUAGCGCCACCCGUCCUGUGCUUUGUCCUUACUGCGUUCCUUAAAAGCAGCUGUGCAUCGAUCUGUUCCUGUGGCUCUUGGGUAGGGAAGCUGUGAUGCUCCAGAUGUUUCUGGACUCCUGACAGGAAUGACCAGAGCUGGGAAUCCCAGCAAACUGGUUCCGACUGCUCUGCAGAAGAAACUGCCCCAGGAGGAGAUUUGCCUGUUGCAUCUCUUUCCGAUGUACAGUCCUGCCCUGGCCUCCCUCUGGUCAGCCUCUGCUGGGGAUGGGGCAGUUCCGUCCCAGUUCUUGUUGUUGUUGAAUGUACAGGCAACUCCCUGCUGACACGUGUUCUGUUUGCCAAGUGGUACCCAGAAAGGAGGGGCACUUGGUCAACCGGGCCUCCACUGUCCCUCCGGCUCCAUGCGAGGGCUUGCUUGACCCGCUCAGCUUCCCUGUGCAUCGGUAGGCCUUUGCUGAACAGCCUCAACAAGCCUCUGGCUCACGAGGAGACCCUUCCCAGAGCCUAGAGGAUGUCCUCUUUGGGCUCUGGAGAGGGUCUCCGGACAAGCUGGGCUUUGGCUUCCUUGGCAACUGCUGCUGCGCUACCCCACAUGUCAGCUGUUAAGCAGGGAGGCGAAGCAGCUCAACAAAGCUCUGCUAAUCGUCUGGCUCAUAAGCAGCCCUCUCCAGGAUGGGGUGGGUCUCCUCCCGUGCCAGGAUGACUCUCCAGUGUGCUCUCCAUUUCCUGCAAUUUCCCUUACGCAUGCAGGAGCCAGGAACGUAACCCCCGCGUAAACGGGGAGUCGCCUGUGAUUGAAUCCUUUAGAAUGACAAACCCACGAAAGCUAGACUACAGCUCUUUUCAUUUGAAGCUGCUGGUUUGGGUCGUUGCCUUCCAUGGCUUUUGGGGCUUUUUAGCUUAGGGGGGAAGCAAGCCAGAGGGUUGCAAAAUGAUGUGUGGUGAAGAGAAUGUCGAUUGGGGGAGAGAGUUUGCUCUCUCCUCCCUCCUUCAUAAUCCUAGCACUUGGUGACAAUGAAGAUGAAUAUUGGAAGAUUCAGGAGAGACUAAGGAAAGUAGUUCAGACAGCACAUAGAUUAGUGAUGCCACCAAGGUGCCAAACUUUGAAGGAGGAUUUAGAUAAAUUAUUGGAGGGGGUUUCCUUCUCCCCCCCAAAGAGAAGUUGGCUACCAGGUGCAAAAACCAAAAAACCAACCCUAAAGUUUUGAAUGAAUCUGCUGCCUGCAGUUUUCCAAAUUCAGUUACCCACAUUUCUACAGAAAUAUGCAAUUGAAAUUUUUU